AUGGACACGACCGCAAUGGCAAAGGUCGUGUCGCUCAAGCGACGCAACUUGUCCCGACCCCGCAUGGUCAAGACAGUGCUCAGGCCCAGGCAGAUGAGGUCCAAGGAGUUCAGGCCCGACAAGGACAGGCCCGACAAGGACAGGCACGAACAGAUCAGGCCCAAGCAGAUCAGGUCCAAGGAGUUCAGGACCGACAAGGACAGGCCCGAACAGAUCAGGCCCGAGCAGGUCAGGCCCGAACAGAUCAGGCCCGAGCAGAUCAGGCCCGAGCAGAUCAGACCCAAGCAGAUCAGGCCCAAGCAGAUCAGGCCCAAGCAGAUCAGACCCAAGCAGAUCAGACCCAAGCAGAUCAGGUCCAAGGAGUUCAGGCCCGAGCAGAUCAGGCCCAAGCAGAUCAGGCCUAAGCAGAUCAGGCCCGAGCAGAUUAGGCCUAAGCAGAUCAGGCCCAAGCAGAUCAGACCCAAGCAGAUCAGGUCCAAGGAGUUCAGGCCCGACAAGGACAGGCCCGACAAGGACAGGCCCAAACAGAUCAGGCCCAAGCAGAUCAGGCCCGAACAGAUCAGGUCUAAGCAGAUUAGGCCCGAGCAGAUCAGGCCCAAGCAGAUCAGGCCCGAGCAGAUCAGGCCCAAGCAGAUCAGACCCAAGCAGAUCAGGUCUAAGGCGAUCAGGCCCAAGGCGAUCAGGCCCAAGGCGAUCAGGCCCAAGCAGAUCAGGCCCAAGCAGAUCAGGCCCGAGCAGAUCAGGCCUAACUACAUCAGGUUCACGGAGAUCAGGCCCGAGCAGAUCAGGCCCAAGCAGAUCAGGCCCGAGCAUAUUAAAGGUGUAUGUCCAGUACAGUGUAAUGUGUGUGGACAAGGCGAUUGUCACAGAGGUAGCAGCUCUAUGGAGAACCGGACAUCGAGCUGGUUGCGUUCAUACCUCUCUUGCACAAUCCCUGCGGCGAUGACGACAACCGGUGGGUUCGCCUCCUCCUUUGUGGAUCUGCUUGGUCAGCUCGCCCGCUGCGCCGAGGCCCGGGGUGUGUACCAGCCGGGGCUGGAUGAGGCCUUUGUUCCCCGGUGGAAGGGUCGCUUUGCGGCGCUGGUCCAUCAGAUGAACGCUGACCACAUCCAGCGCCACUUUGGCGGUGUCUGCCUGCGCUCGUCGUAG